AUGGGCGUCCAGUUCCGGGACUUGGCAGUCGCGUACGACCGCGUCCUUGUCGACGCCUUCUACGACCAAGUUCUUGCGCCUGCCUUUGGCAUCAUCCCCGAUGAGAUUGAGGACGUGGACACGCUCCACUACCAGCUCGCGACGGGCAACCACGAGGCCGACCAUGAGUACCUCUUGCAUUGCGUGCUUCUCUUUGACGAGGCAAGCUCCGGAAACGAUCCUGCCGAUGUGCUGGGCGGCUUUUGCUGCGAGUACUACCCGAAAAGCAACUGCGGGCUCAUCACGUACAUCUCGACGCACCCGGCUCGAGACACCCGCGGCCGUGGCCUUGGCAGGCACAUGGUCAACGAGGUUUUCCGGCUCCUGGACGCCGACGCUAUCCAGCACCAGCACGAAACCAUCACGGCGAUCUUUCUCGAGUCCAAUACCGACGCCGUGAAGGACGACAUCAUGGUGCCGGCCCGCCGCCGGGCGCUCCUCGGGACGCUUGGUGCGCGCUUCCUCGCCUUCUCGUACGUCCAGCCACGACUGAGUCCAGAGAAGGCGCCGUGCCGGACGUUGCAUCUCGGUGUCUUUGAACGCUUCCUCGAACCGACGGGCAAUGGUGGCGUCGGCAUGCCAGCCGCGACAGUCGCCGCCUACCUCGCCGAGUUCUACGCGGUCCUCAUGGGCUCGGACGCCUUGACGAACGACGCCGACUGCCGCCGACAGCUAUCGGAGCUACAAGGCAUGACGCAUGUCCCCGUGGACCCGUCCCUCUCGUAA